CCCAAGACCCGCACCACGCCCCCCCGCCCCACGCCCCGCCCCAGGUCCAAACGCAACGUCAAGUCUGACCCACCAGGAGUUCCGGUGGGCCUGGUGAACACCCCCCCUGACCUGACCCCCCCUGAGCUUCCCCCUAAGGACCCCCGCAGGAGGCUACACCUCCAGGAGCCUGUUGAAUGUGCCAGUCCUGUCAUUAAGAAACCUCCGGUGUACUUUAAGAAAGUGUUUCAUGGCUGUCCUCUCAGAGUCAACUGCUCGACCACGUGGGAAAACCCAAUGACCAAAGAUCCUCACCUGAUCCUGGGUGCAGACGAAGGCAUCUACACCCUCAAUCUGAACUGCUCCGAGGCCACCAUGGAGCUGCUAUACCCGGGGAAGUGUACCUGGGUCUACACCAUCAGUAAUGUCUUGAUGUCAGUAUCUGGUAAAUCCUCUCAGCUGCACUCCCACGUGUUGAAGGAACUGUAUGAACAGGCACGGAAAGACCAGCGGAUGGUUUCCCUGCCAACGCAUCGCUUGUUACCCAGGAAGUACGCUGUGACCUGUAAGAUACCAGACACCAAGGGCUGCCAGACCUGCACCGUAGCCAGUAACACCCUGCCCAGCUGUGUGUUCCUGUGUUGUGCUCUGGAGUCCAGUGUGGUUCUACUGCAGUGGUAUGAGCCCAUGCACAAGUUCAUGCUGGUCAAGCACUUUGACUUCCCCCUGCCCAGCCCCCUGAGGGUGUUUGAGAUGGUGGUGGCCCCGCAGCAGGAGUACCCCCUGGUGUGUAUCGGGGUGUCGCGGGGCUCGGGGCCCAGCCGGCCCGACCGGCCGGUCCAGAUGGACCACAUCAACCUGAACUCCAACACCUCCUGGUUCACCAGCGCCGGCCAGGAGAGCCGCAGUUCUGGUACAAUCCAAGUGACCCAGCUGGACAGCAACACCCUCCUAGUCCGUAUUGACAAGUCAGUUCACACAGUCAACCUGGAGGGGGCGACGCGGAGCCACAGGGCCUUGCCUGCUGAGACCAACUUCACAUGUGAUGUAGAACGAAUAGUCUACGUGGAGGACAGCCUCCUGGGGGUGUGGCGUCACGGUUGGCAGCGGAGGGGGGAGGGGUCACAGGCCUUACAGGAGCUCAGAGACCUCAAGAAGACCUUCCGUCUGGUAGACUCUGACAGGAUCGUUGUCCUGGAAACACGACAGACGGAGGACCAAUCAGGGCUCUGCAACCUGUACACUCUGGAGAUCGCUCAGGACUACGUCCUCAUUCCUUGACCCCAGGGCAUCAUGGGAAACGUAGUGUGGACACUGAAAUCAGACACGCUUGUCAUGAAAGGCUCUGGUCUAUAUGGACUUAUACGGGUAGUUUAGACAAUAUGAGAGUUCCAUACUUCCAAAUGUGUGUUUUGAGGGAGAGGGAACCCUUGAUUGGUUGUUAGAAGGCCUUUUGACCUCUACUUCCUGUUAGGGUCAACCUUGCUGACCUGAUUGUCCCAUACAGGCAGGUUCAUGCAGGAUUCACUCUUUAGAGCUACAGCCAGCCUAGCCUCUCUCUCACACCCACGCACGCACACACACACACACACACACACACACACACACACACACACACCUGGAUUUACAUACAAAAGCACUAUUAAUUCAUUGUAAUGACGUUUUUCAAUGUUUUUAUUAAUUCAGCACAUUCUAAUAAAAUAGGUAUAUCAGCCUAAAUAAUAUAAUGUUUGUCA